AUGUGGAACGACGAGGACAACAAUCCUUACGGAUCGAGCUUCGAUCGCCGGGAUUCACAGACCUCAUCGUCGGCCAUCCCGAGCUCGCCGACUUCCAGAGACUAUGGAGUGUUCGAGGCCCCCCACACCCCGUCAACCGGGAGCGAUGAUGCUCAAUCACCUCGCCAGCCCUUCAGCCAUGGCGUUGGGCAGAUUGACGAAGAAGAUGUCCUCAGGGAGGAUACUCCCCCACGGCGGAAGCCAGGCGGGUACAACAGCCGCAUUGAGCAGAUCCUCUAUGAGAACCCCAACAUGCCCAUUAUGAUCACCGAUGCGGGCAAAAGCGUGGAGAGCGGAGGGAGAUACAUUGUGUAUACCAUUAAAACUGGGGAUCUAGAAGUUCGUCGCCGUUACUCUGAGUUUGCCUCGCUGAGAGAUGCCUUGACUCGUCUUCAUCCGACCCUUGUCAUCCCUCCCAUUCCAGAAAAGCAUACCAUGGCCGACUAUGCCGCGAAUCCCACGAGCGCAAAACAGGACCAGCAAAUCAUUGACUUACGAAAGCGCAUGUUGAUGGUCUUCUUGAACCGCUGCCGUCGAAUGGACGCCGUCAGAGAGGACGGAGUCUGGUGGAGAUUCCUAGACCCAAACUCAAGCUGGAGCGAGGUCUUGCAUGCCCACCCUGUAGCCUCCAUUCCCAAGUCUGUUCUCAAGGCACCUCCACUAAACACAGCGAAUCCAACCCCCGCGCACAACUUUCUUCCAAUUCCUUCCAGCUCAUCGAAACUCAAGGCCUCGUCAGGUACCGGCCAAGACCUGAGCGCUUCUGUCAUUCAAGGCGCAGCGCAUGCGAUCGAACGCUUCCCAACAGAUGCAUCCAAGCUCAGCGAAUUAGAACUUGACCCGUAUUUUAUCUCAUAUGAAGCCUCGAUUAAAGAGCUGGAGCAACUUCUGACUGGCCCUAUGGAGAAAGUCAACCGUCGAACUCUCAGUCACUUGUCUUCUCUUGCGGCCGAUCUAUGCGAGUUAGGAUCAAGAUACAAUGCUUUUGCCCUUUCGGAACAAGCCCCCUCCUUGGGACCAGCCAUCGAACGCAUUGGCCAGGCCGCUGAUGCAUCAUACAUUGCAACCGAGGAGCUUUCGGGAACUUUGGGGGCAAGCUUCGCAGAACCAAUGAGAGAAAAUGCCCAGUUUGCGGGAGUGGUAAGAAGCGUCUUGCGGUAUAGAGUUCUCAAGCGCGUGCAACAGGACAUGACAACCGAUGAGCUCAACAAAAAGAGGGCUCUUUUGGACCAGCUGGAGCGCAGUGAAGCGGAGGCGCGACGCAUCGAACAGUACCUUUCCAGCAGCCAGCAAAUAUCACCCCCUCCCAAGCGAUCAGCAAGCAUGAGGGAACCUCCGACUCAGCACCGCCGUGAUGGAAGCCAGGAAGACACUGAGUCUAUAGAUUCUGAUUUCCCUCCCACACACGGCGACUUCCCAUCAGUACCCCCGUCUGCAAGCCAAGGUCUUCCCGAGAGAAGCACAAGCAACACGCACAGAAAGAUGCCCAGUACAAACUCCAUAACCAACAAGAUUUUUGGUCCGAUCCGUCAUGCAGUUCAGGGUGUCGUGGAUGUGGAUCCUGAACGAACCCGCAGAGAUACCAUUGGAAAGACGCGCGAGUCUAUUGGCCAGCUAGAGCAAGCCCAGGUAGCUUCUGAGAGGGAUGUCAAGGAGGCCAGCGCAAGCGUACUGGAUGAUUUGAAACGGUUCCAGAAGGAUAAGGAAGAUGAUUUGCGAAGAUACAUGUUGGCAUAUGCCAGAAGCCAGAUUGAGUGGGCACGCAAGAGCAAGCAGCAGUGGGAGGAGGCCCGAGCCGAGGUCGACAAAAUAGAUGAAAAUUAG